AUGGCUGGCGCUAGAGCGACAGUGCCCACGCUCGACGUCGUUCGAGACGUCCUCCGCACGCCCGCUCCCUCUCCCGACAGCCCCAAGCCGACCCUCGUGCCCAUCUACCGCCAAAUCUCCUCCGACCUCAUCACCCCGUCCGCCGCCUACCUCAAAGUCUCCGCCCACUUCUCGUCCUCCCCCUCCUACUCGUUCCUCUUCGAAUCCGCCGCCACCGAACAAGUCGGCCGGUACAGCUUCGUCGGCGCCAACCCUCGCUCCGUCCUCACCACCGGCCCCGGCCACGGGCCCGCCGUCGAUCCCCUCCCGCGCCUCGAGGCCGAGCUCGCGCGCCAUGUUGUCGCCCACGUGCCCGGCCUGCAGCUACCACCGCUGACCGGCGGCGCCAUUGGCUACAUUGGCUACGACUGCGUGCGCUACUUCGAGCCCAAGACGGCGCGGCCCAUGGAGGACGUGCUGCAGAUCCCCGAGUCGCUGUUCAUGCUGUUCGACACCAUUGUCGCCUUUGACCGCUUCUACGGCGUCAUCAAGGUCAUCAGCUACGUCAAGGUGCCCGAAGCCUCCGACGACGACGCCGCCCUCGAAGCCGCCUACAAGGACGCCACCGUCGCCAUUGACGAGCUCGUCGACGUGCUCAACGCGCCCGAGGUGCCCAUGCCGCCCCAAGGCCCCGUGCGACUCGGCCGCGAAGCCACCUCCAACAUCGGCCAGGCCGGCUACGAGGCGCACGUCACCAAGCUCAAGGAGCACAUCUACAAGGGCGACAUCUUCCAGGCCGUGCCCUCGCAGCGCUUCGCCCGCCCGACCGACCUCCACCCCUUCAACAUCUACCGCCACCUGCGCACCGUCAACCCCUCGCCCUACCUCUUCUACGUUGACUGCCGCGACUUCCAGAUCAUCGGCGCCUCCCCCGAGCUGCUCGUCAAGAGCGAGGCCGGCCGUAUCAUCACCCACCCCAUCGCCGGCACCGUCAAGCGCGGCCGCACCGCCGACGAGGACGCCGCCCUCGCCGACGAGCUCCGCGCCUCCCUCAAGGACCGCGCCGAGCACGUCAUGCUCGUCGAUCUCGCCCGCAACGACGUCAACCGCGUCGGCGACCCGCGCACCGUCCGCGUCGACCGCCUCCUCGGCGUCGAAAAGUUCUCCCACGUCCAGCACCUCGUCUCCCAGGUCUCCGGCGUGCUGCGCCCGGACCAGACCCGCUUCGACGCCUUCCGGUCCAUCUUCCCCGCCGGCACCGUCUCCGGCGCGCCCAAGGUCCGCGCCAUGGAGCUCAUCGCCGAGCUGGAGCGCGAGAAGCGCGGCGUCUACGCGGGCGCGGUCGGGUACUUUGGCUACGGCGGCGUCGACGCCCAGGGCCGGCCCGUCGAGGGCGCCAUGGACACGUGCAUCGCCCUGCGCACCAUGAUGUACAAGCAGGGGGUCGCCUACCUGCAGGCUGGCGGCGGCAUCGUACUCGACUCGGUCGAGUACGACGAGUGGAUGGAGACGAUCAACAAGCUCGGCGCGAGCAUGCACUGCAUCACCUCGGCGGAGGAAAUGUACCACGCGGAGCUAAACGGGACGACAUAG